AUGUUACUUGAUAGCAUAAAAAUAGACUGGGUGGAGUUCUAUGACUCCGACUUUCUCAUGCUUUUAUUAUCUUCUUUUUCAGGAAAAAAUGAAAACCCAGCUGAAGAAUGGACAUUUUACCCAAGCUCUGGCAAUCACACUUACCAUAUAGGGAAAAGAUGUUUGUUCUAUGGUAUCCACCUCCGAAAUAAAGCUACAUCUUCUGAGAGGACACUGGAAAAGUCUAUAGGGAGGAAGAAAUAUGUGGAUGAAACUUCCUCCCGAAAUGGCAUCCCAAUGAGGAUGCUUGGUGACCAUCCAUUUGCUGCUCCUGAACAAAGUACAGAUUUCCACAAAAAGGGAUCAACAGUAUCUCCAGUUGAUUUUGGGAGCUCUAGCUAUAAAAAAAGGUCAGAUACCUUUAUCCCUCUCCAGCGUUUGCCAGUAACUCCUAGUGUGCCUUUCCGUGUAAAAGAGAAAGAGCUAGAAUUAGAGAGAGAAAAGAUGGAAGUGAAGAACCUGGAAACCUGGAGACCUAGCCCAAGUUUGAUGCAAUCUUUACUUGAAAGUGGACAAGCCAGAAAACUAACUUUGUCAUAAUUGAAGAAUGGAAGGCAAGCUUGGUCCAAAAGCUCUGAUUUUGUAUCUUGUAAGUUGUAGGACACAUCUGUAAAUACAUCUCCUAGAAAUUCUUGCCCAAUAGAAAUGACCACAUUUUGAAUAAUUGCAGAAAGUUAGUUGUUUCUGUGCACUAUGUAGUUGUUUUAU